AUGGUUGAUCAAGUAGAUGUCAUAAAAAGCGAACUAGCGGAAAAAGCCCUAAAUGCUUUAAUUUUACAGUGUGGAGAAAACGCAUCUUUACAAAAUGAUAAAAGCAUUCAAAUAAUCAUCAAUAUGGGGAAGAAAAUGGGUAUAAAAAAGGACAACAUUCCCCGGAUUAUACCAUUGACCAAAUGCAAGUUGUUCAAACCAAGAGAUUUAAACAUACUGCUAAUUACCAAAGAUCCAUCCACCCUGUAUAGAGAAACUUUGACUAAAGACGAGCAUACAUCGGAAUUAUUCAAGGAGAUUAUAAGUGUCAAGAACUUGAGACGUAGAUUCAAAGGUAGCAAAUUGACCCAAUUGUAUAAAGACUUUGAUUUGAUUGUUGCUGAUUAUAGAGUCCACCAUUUACUUCCUGAUGUGCUCGGCAACAGAUUUUAUCAUGGUAGCAAGAAAUUACCAUAUAUGAUUCGAAUGUCCAAAGAAGUAAAGUUGAAACGCCAGCAAAUGGCCGAGAAAUGCGACCCAAUUUAUGUGAGAGCGCAACUGAGAAGUAUAUGUAAGAACACUUCAUAUAUCCCCAAUGAUGACAAUUGUUUAAGUGUCAGAGUCGGGCACAUCCAAAAGCAUACUCUACCAGAGAUUUUACAAAACAUUCAGGACGUGGUGAAUUUCCUGACUGACAGGAGUAAGAGACCGCAAGGCGGCGUCAUCAAAGGCGGAAUAAUAUCCAUAUUUGUCAAGACUAGCAACAGUACCAGUUUACCUAUAUACCGAUUCUCAGAGACAAAGAAAAUUCACGACAGUGAGGAUCUGAGUGAUAUAAGAUUAUAG